AUGAGUAUCUCCAAGCCGAAGAAUUCUGACUUGGCCUUUUUCACCAGUGUUGUUUGGAACGGUCUUUUGGGCAAUAGACAUGUCAUAUUAAUUUUUAUUCUCAUUCUUUUCUCACUAUUCUGCUCUUGUGUCUUCGAAGCAUACGCUGAUGACCACUUUUCUAAUCUCUCAAAAACUUUGGAAAAGGGCACAGAAGACAGCCCCAUAUUCUCCUACGUUCUGUUCUACACUCUCCACCUUCUUUUCGGUUGGAUCCAUAAUCAUCUGUUUUACACCAAUAUCCAUUUUUUAAAAUCGGUUCUAUAUCGAUAUUUAAUGAAAAUGUAUCUCAACUGCCACCCAAAAAGCUUUGACAAUGUUGGAACUGGUAAAAUCUGCUCCAUCAUUCACAAGCAGGUUGACUCUUUAAUAUUUCUACUGAAAAACGUCUUUCUUAGAUUGGUUUACAAUUUAGCUUAUAUUUCUCUUUUUAUUAUACGGCUGUACAAAGAUAAAAAGCUAGAGUUGAGCACUAAGAUCGUGUUUGUAUCUCUUCUGGCCUUUGUUGCUCUAUUUAUCUGCUAUAACUGUCACAUAGCCUAUAUUUACAAAAAAAGACUGAUAGAUGUUGAGCAUACAAAUUCACAUGCACUUUUAGAUAUUUUCAAAAAUAUGACAGUUGUGAAAGCCUUUAAUAAUGAAAGCUUUGAAAUUUCAAAGUUUAAUUCAUUAAUGGGUGAUCAAAUUUCAUUUGGGUACACAUUUUACUUCUUUGAGAGUUUAUUUAUGGUAUGUUUCAAGAUAUUGCUUCUUAUUGGGCUUCUGGUUCCAAUUCACAUAGCUAAUCUAGAUGCCAAUAACCCAUUCAUUAAUCCCCACGCAAUCUAUCAAUUUUUUGUAACAUUUAAUUCGUUUAAACGAAAGAUUAGUGGAUUGAAAGAUUGUAUUUAUAAGGUGUUUGAUAAGUUCAUUGAUACUUCUGCUUCCUCUACUAUUAAUGUUAUUCUUGUGGAUAAGAUCAGAAAGACCGAACUAAUAACAGGACAAACUCUCGACAUUAGUUUUGAAAAUACGGCCAUUUAUCUCGAUGGAAAACUAAUUUUUGACCACUUUUCAUUAGAAAUACCAUUUGGCACAAAAAUAGCGAUUACUGGUAGAAAUGGUGCUGGUAAGUCGACAAUUAUAAAAGCACUAUUGGGACUGAUUGAUUACAAUGGUGAGAUGCUAAUUGAUGGGAAGUCUAUUAGAAAGAUAGAUGAGAAAACUCUUCAUGAUGCCAUCUCAUAUGUCCCUCAGGAGCCGCAUUUAUUCAAUACAACAGUUAUGGAUAAUUUAAAAUAUGGAAAGAACAUCAGUGAUGAAGAAGUUGUUCAAAAGUGUAUUGAAUGCGGUGUGCACAGUAUUUUCAAAAAUCUGGAAAAGGGAUAUUUGACCAUUGUUGGAGAAAGUGCCAAGAAUAUUAGUGGUGGGCAGGCGCAAAUAAUCAAUUUUAUGAGAGCCAUCAUUAAAGACGCACCAAUAUUUUUAUUAGACGAGCCUACCUCCAAUCUUGAUUAUAGUACUUCUAACUUCAUAGUUUCGACAGUUUUCAACAUCCUUAAGGACAAAACAGUGUUUUUGUCAACACACAAUCCCCAACAUUUACUAAAGUUUGAUAAAAUACUGAAUAUUAAUGAAAAGAAAAUUAGAGUUUACAAUGGAUAUAAGGAGUUUGCAGCUGAUCCGAAGUAUGAAUUUAAACUGUGA